GAUCUCGCGUGAUCUUGGAAGUUUCCCACGCCUGUUGUUGUGGCGUCUGCCCUUUUCGCUCACUCUCUCUCUCCCCUCUCCGCCGCCUCCCCUUUUUUUUUCUCUCUCUCUCCGUCUUCCUCACCCACCCCCUUUUUCUCUCCGUCUCCCUCGUCCCUACACCUCCAGUCUGCUUCUGUUGUCUCGGCGGAUUGUUGGGCUGUGGGAGAGAGGAAAGGAUAUCGCGAGUAUUGGAGUUUUGGUGAGAGUUUGUGGAAGAUGGCGCCUGUUGUGACAGGGAAGUUCGGGGAGCGCCCUCAGCCACAGCGCCUAACAAGAGAAGCGAUGAGGAAUUACCUGAAGGAGCGAGGCGACCAAACUGUCAUGAUCCUGCACGCAAAAGUUGCACAGAAAUCCUACGGCAACGAGAAAAGGUUUUUCUGCCCUCCUCCCUGCGUUUACCUGAUGGGCAGCGGCUGGAAGAAAAAGAAGGAGCAGAUGGAGCGAGACGGCUGCUCUGAGCAGGAGUCGCAGCCCUGCGCCUUCAUCGGCAUCGGAAACAGCGACCAAGAAAUGCAGCAGCUCAACCUGGAGGGAAAGAAUUAUUGCACAGCCAAAACCUUGUACAUAUCCGACUCUGACAAGAGAAAGCACUUCAUGCUGUCCGUCAAGAUGUUCUACGGCAACAGCGCUGACAUCGGCGUCUUCCUCAGCAAGAGGAUCAAAGUCAUCUCCAAGCCUUCCAAAAAGAAGCAGUCCCUGAAAAACGCUGACCUGUGUAUUGCAUCAGGGACCAAGGUGGCACUCUUCAACCGGCUUCGGUCCCAAACGGUCAGCACGCGUUAUCUCCACGUGGAGGGCGGCAACUUCCACGCCAGCUCCCAGCAGUGGGGCGCCUUCUACAUCCACCUGUUGGAUGAUGAGGAGUCAGAAGGAGAAGAGUUCACUGUGAGAGACGGUUACAUCCACUAUGGUCAGACGGUCAAGCUGGUGUGCUCGGUCACCGGCAUGGCGCUGCCAAGACUGAUCAUCCGAAAAGUGGACAAACAGACGGCGCUGCUGGACGCCGACGACCCCGUCUCCCAGCUCCACAAGUGUGCCUUCUACCUGAAGGACACAGAACGCAUGUACCUGUGCCUUUCCCAAGAAAGGAUCAUACAGUUUCAAGCCACUCCAUGCCCAAAGGAACCAAACAAGGAGAUGAUCAACGACGGCGCCUCCUGGACAAUCAUCAGCACAGACAAGGCCGAAUACACUUUCUACGAGGGCAUGGGCCCCGUCCACUCGCCUGUCACCCCCGUGCCUGUGGUAGAGAGCUUACAGCUAAACGGCGGAGGAGACGUCGCCAUGCUGGAGCUGACGGGACAGAACUUCACUCCAAAUCUGCGGGUCUGGUUCGGAGACGUAGAGGCGGAAACCAUGUACAGGUGUGCGGAGAGCAUGCUGUGCGUGGUCCCCGACAUCUCCGCCUUCCGCGAGGGCUGGCGCUGGGUGCGGCAGCCCGUCCAGGUCCCCGUCACGCUGGUUAGGAACGACGGCAUCAUCUACUCCACCACACUGACCUUCACCUACACGCCGGAGCCCGGGCCACGGCCGCACUGCAGCGCCGCCGGAGCCAUCCUAAGGGCCGGAAACUCCACCCUGCUCACCAACAGCAGCCAGGAGACCGGCUCCGGCGUCUACGGCCCCAACAGCACCUCCAACGCGGGAGUCACGUCCUCGUCCUCCACCGCCGCAGCAGCAGCCGUGGUCUCCUAACGCACACCAGGGGGCGCCACAACACAAUAUGCCUUGAGAGGAAAAAAAACGUACCACAAGGUGUAUGAAGACUAUGGGAAAUAAUAAACAAAAACUGACUCACUCUAAAGUGCUGCGUUUGGAGUUUGGAUACAAAGAAGCUGAAAUUGGCGAGAGAAAGGAGCGGGGGAAUAUCUGAAGGAGGAGCGACAUCACGACGUUGUCAGCUAAUGGGAAUACGCGUUUUUUUCAAAAAAGUGCUCCUUGCCACGCCCCCCUCUCCUGUGGUUACUUUAGGGACCUGCCUAUCCAAGUUCUGGUGUUUGGAACAGAGAGAAGUUCCUGCAGGCUCAGAGCACCAGCACCUUUCUACAGAAAACCACAACAACAAUACAUCCAACGUGAACAAAAGAGUCUCUCGGAAGGAAAGCGUGUUUUUUUGUGUGCCACCCGAAGCCCCUCCCACUUUUUGUUUAUAAGUAUUCUGUUUGUUUUCUCUUCUUUUGCCUUCGUUCGUGGUUCCCUGACGGGGCGGCUGGAUGUAUUGUUGUUGGAGGGAGCGCGAGGAUGCAGAGGGACACACAGAAAACGUGACGAUGAGAUAGUUUUUAUGGACCAAGGAUCUUGUAUAAGCUUUAGUAAAGGUACAUUUUUCUCCAUACCUUUUUUGUAUUAAACAUAUAGUACACUUUUGUUACCAAAUAGUUUCUAUUCUUCCUCUGAGCUCGGGCUUUGUUUCCCCCUUUUUUCGAGGUCCAAAACCCCAGCCUGUAUGUUAUUGCGACCUUACAAAAAAACGCCUGCUUUUUCAGUCUUCGGAUUGAACUGUUUCUUGUUUCAUUUUUGAUACUCUUUGCUUCUUCUGUUAGGAAAAAACAAAUCUGAAGUCUGGGUUGUUUAUUUACGUAAGCAAAGUUUUUUUUUGUUUUGGUUUUUUUUAAAUGGGGAAUAACCUCAGAGGGCCUAUGUGUUAUCAUUGGUUUUUUAUGAAGUCUUUAAAAAGAAAAGCUUUAAGCAACGCCUCUGCCUUGCCUGCAAUACUCUAUGUGCGCUACGUCUCCUUACACACAUCAGUACAUCUCACACGGAGCGACGUCUGCAGAAAAACGUCAGAACUUAGACUUCCACCGUUACAAAAACUCGUCAUUUAAAUGUACUUCAAAGAUAGCCUUAGUACUGUACUCUCUUACUGCGCUCACAGUCGGACCGGUCACAUAUCUACAGUUCUAUCUGUCUCUCUAUUGGUCACUGCUAACGUAUCAGCUAACGUGGUGAAACUUAGCGAGGUGUCUUCCAGUGUGUGCUGUACUUCUGCUGGCAUUUAACUCCAAAAAUAGACUUUUCAAUUUGAUGUGGCCUUACCGAUAACUUCAAAUACAACCACACGAAAAAAAAGCAACCACACUUCAUGUUUUCGUAUAUCUGCUGUUUACUCACCGUGGAAGAACCUGUGCAUAGCACAAAACAAGCUAACGCCUCGCUUCUUAUCACAGGAGCUCCGCCGUGUCCGAGCUCACCGCUGCGUCUCCACGCUAAAGCAGCCUUCUGAAGGACGUCUACGCCUUCUUCUACUUAUCUUCUUCUUCUUCUUCUUCUCCUUCUGUGGUGUACAAGUACAAAUUACGCCUGUCGUUUUUUAAUCUCAUGGGGGUGCCCAGCACCUUUUCACUUUUGGUACAACGUCUCACGAGCGCUGUAGAAGCUCCUUUCAGCCUUCUUUUUUAAAAAACAAACAACAAAAAAAAGGAUCUCCUGUGUUUUUUAUUCUCUUUGCAGAAAAAAAAAAAAGCGUGUGUACAUUGUUGAACUCACUGUCCGAGUUAGUUGCACUCAUCCGUAUCCAUCGCAACCCGCUGCGUCUCCUGUAGGAGCAUAAAAGGCCUUCUAAAUGUGUAUUAUCGAAGACGUGCAUUUCUCCGAACAUAACAGCAAUAUUGUACAGGUUAGUUCAUCGUCCUUGUCCGCCUGAGCACGAGUUCACCAGCCAGCAAAUCUGUAUGUGUAUGUGUGAGUGUGUGUUUGUGUGCGUGAGUGUCAUAUGUAGUUGCUGCGAUGGAACAUCGAGUCAGACUCGCUCCAUUUUUUUUCAAAGUGCGCUCUCCAAAACAAAAAACGAAGAAAAACCCCGGAGACUCCUGGAGGGUUUUUCCGUCUUCCACCUCGAUCCAAAUGUCUGCUAAUUUUGGAUAAACAUUCAAAGGCAAUACUUGUGAAUUGAAAGUAUUACAGUACGACUGUAAACACACCCGGGGAAACAUAAAGAACAACAAUACUGUAACUUGAAUGUCUGCUUGAUGAAGUAUUUUCUUCUUUCAAACAAAAACCCUUGAAAUAGGAACAAAAAGGAUUCGUUUGCACCCUUUCACGAUAAAAAAAAGACCCCGCCCACCUGUCAGUCAUUAAUGUUAAAUGUUUUAUAUUGUAAUAUUGAUAUUUUUUAAAUUAUUGGUACAAAGUCUCCCCUUGUCUUAUGUCGAAUAAAAAAAAAAGAAAGUGCAUUAUCGCCCGUGCUGCCUAGGUUGGCCUGGGAGUGUAUUUUUUUAAAAAGAGGCCACUUCUCGUCUAUCCUGGAAAAACCCGCGGAGGAGGAUGUCGGUGCUGCAGCGACAAGUGUAGCAUCCAAUAAAAGUUUGCGCUUCUUCCUGAUCCCUUUACUCUGCAGGAUGGAGGUCACAAAAUCUUAACUGUAGAUUUCUAAGUGUUGUUUUUCUCUGUGUUUACUAGCUCUCAAUGAAGCGCGUUUUUAACAAAGCCUCUGCAUUAGCAUCACACGCACCCCGCUCACCCCUCCCUUCCCUCCCCUCUCCUCCCCCUGCCUGUCCUCCCCUUGCUUUCCCUAGAGCUCGGAUAUUUUUGGGUUUUUGUUUACACGUCCAGACGCCUCUUUACCCCCCCCCCACCCUCUCUCCUCCUCUCCCCUUGAUCCUACCUCCCUUCUCUGCCUCUUCAUCAUCUCCUCAUGCGAGUCUGAACAGAGCGGCUCGGUCACAUCCCGCUCGAGCUAAUAAAGGGGUCGAUGCAUGCUGUUGAGAAAAAAAAUGUGUCGCCUUGACAAUCUGAGCUGGUUUACAGUUUAUGUGUCUCUUAAAAAAAGCUCUUCUGUUUUAAGAGAUCGGGAGGAUACAGAAAAAAAAAUGGUCAGAAAAUGUUACUUCUCAAAAACACGCGAUAUUAACCUAGCGGCAAAGACUGCGCUAUCAUGUUCGCGAUGCUAAUCCGUUUUCUUUCUUGUUUGUGUCUGGUCAUAUUUUUGCUCUUCCAAAAGCAGCUGUUUUUCUUUUGUGUUUGUUUUUUUUUAUAAUAAUGAGCUCUGAACAAUGUAUGUAUCCUCUAAUAUGCCAAAUGUCUUUUUAUAAUGUAGUUUUCAUGCACUGCUAAACAAAAACAGGGCAGAGUGAGAGGCAGCUUUAAACGAAUAAAAAAAGGAGUGUGGAGCCCUUCUCUGUCGCACUCAGCCUUACUUCUCCUUAAGACUAUGUGGCUGUUUGCACUACAGAGCGCUAACCUUUCUCUUUUUUUCUCUCACACAUUUCAUCCUCACUCUUUAUCGCUCAUGUUUAUGUUUGUACAUUUGGAGUCCCCCCCCCCCCCCACCCCUUCUGCCUCCUUUCUUUUGUUUUUUAACACGCAGCCUGUUAUGCUAGCUUUGCUACAGUUGGAUCACUCUCUUUUUCGUUCCUCCUCCUCUUCACUCUCUUUCACUCUCACUGUAUCUGUGUAUUAUUCUAGUAAAUGGUAAGCAGAGGUGUCAUUGUGGUAGUUAUACUCAGUGCUCAAAGGGUUGCUGAUGGUAGAAACCUGUGCCGUUUGUAACAUUUAGCAAUAAAAAACAAAGGGGACGGUGUUCUGUUUUUUUUUUUUUUAUAACAUAAAGUUAGUUUUGUUUUUGUACAUAUUGCAGCUCCAGAUCAUGCUCAAAAAUCUGUAUGUCAUUAAAAGAAGAAAAAAAGGAGAAAAAAACUUGCAAUAUUGGCAUAAAAAUGAGAAAUAAAAAGUGAUAUAAAAUCUUA